AUUCGCCUCUUCGCUCCUUGGCUCGGCUGUGAUCCCUUUGCUGAGCUUCAAGGCAGUAUGCGCCGCGCUGCCUAGCCGGCACGUUCCUCUGCGUCGCUGCUUUAUUCUUGUUGUCAUCAUUCGAGGUCGUCGUCUUUUUCGUCAUUGCUCGUCAUUCGUUAUUUAGCAGUGCUCUGAAGAAGUACAGAACGACGCACGAGUCACUUGGAGAUGGUCUCCUGUGAUUUAUUGGCAAUCGUUGAUCGAUGAAGGUGAUUUCUAUUGGCAGCGUAAUUUAGCGAAUAAUUGUGAGAACAUUUUGGAGGUGAGAGGAGGGGACACAGGGCGAUAGAGGGAGAUAACGAGUAUAGUAGUAGAGAUUGAGAGCUAUUGACAGAGGGAGAAAGAAAGAGAGAGAAGGUGUGAGUAUAGAAAGGGCGAGAAAGGGUAAAGGAAAGAAAUACCAAGUGAAGAAAGGACAGUGAGAGUUUUUAGUGGCAAGUCUCUAGUGGAAGGACUGGUACACGGAUUCCGGGACAUUGUCGGAUUAAAUGGAGCAGCUGUUUGUCGAGGAAUAGAUAUUUCGCGGGAAAAUUGAAAAGCCUGUUUUUUAAGAUAUAGUGAAUGAAGAAGAGAAUACACGUAUUACGUCAUCGUGUACUCGCGAAUUGUGGCUGUGUUGAGAGAUUAAGCGAUUGGUGAUGAAAUACGUGAAAUUAGAUUCCCCACCUUUCUCAAGAUAAUCGAGCUGUAUCUACGUCACGAUCAAGCGGAAGAUCUAAACGUACGCGGUGACCAAAGUGCGCAACGGAUAAACUUUUCUACCAAAACAUGGCCACGUGACCGCGACUCUCGACGAUUGUAAACACACCGAGCGACCCACGUGGUACGACCUGGGAUAUUUUCAAUUUCUCCCUUGUGAUUCAUCGCUAUUCCUACAGCGACACUAUUUCUAACGGCGUGGACCGUAGCCGUUGACGCACCGAAAUUGACGCACUACAGUCUUCUUCAGAAGUUACAUCCUCUUUCUUUGGCACGGCACAUUGGCCAUACGAAUACAGGAGGCUCGUUUUAACGUGGUGCACAACUUUUAUUCAUGCGCCCUUGGGAACUUGAUAAAUCUUUCAUUUCUUACUCUACCUGGCCGCCCUUGAACUCUGUGCACAAGGUGGUGAACAUAGAGUGAUUACCUAUCCCCGGGGAUCUCGGGUCAAGAAUUCAGCCUAUAGAGAAACUUCGACCCUUGGUGGUCGAGGAUCGUCAGUCAAAGUGGAGUACACGGACGGAGUGAGCAUGAUGGACUCGGUACCGAGUUCAGGUUCCGGGUCGGGAUCUGGUACCGGUACCGGUGGAGGAGUACCCUUCGACCUGGAGAACGGUUUCGAGCCACAGACCAGAGCGAGAUCAAACACAUGGCCUCUACCUAGACCGGAAGGCUACGUCGAGGGUAACGUCGUCGGUGGCGGUCCUGGUGGGAAAGAAGGCGUCGAGGGUGGUACACCACCUCAGCAAGGGCCACUGAGCCAGGGCGGCGGACUUCUUCCAGUGAAGAAGAAUUCCUCACGAAGAAACGCCUGGGGCAAUCUUAGCUAUGCGGACCUGAUCACUCAGGCCAUCACCAGUGCUCCCGAGAAACGACUCACCCUGUCGCAGAUCUACGACUGGAUGGUUCACAACGUACCCUACUUCAAGGACAAAGGCGACAGUAACAGCAGUGCUGGAUGGAAGAAUUCCAUCAGACACAAUCUGUCCCUGCACAACAGAUUCAUGCGAGUUCAAAACGAAGGCACCGGCAAGAGCUCCUGGUGGAUGAUCAACCCCGACGCGAAACCCGGCAAAUCCGCGCGACGAAGGGCGACGUCGAUGGAGACAAGUAAAUUCGAGAAGCGUCGUGGCCGGGUGAAGAAGAAGGUGGAGGCCUUAAGAAACGGGGGGUUGCAAGCAGACGCCACACCUAGUCCGAGUAGCAGCGUCAGCGAAGGGCUGGACCUCUUUCCGGAUAGCCCUUUGCCAUCGGCCAGUGGUUUCCAGCUGUCGCCGGACUUCCGACCUCGGGCAUCGAGCAACGCUUCCUCCUGUGGUAGACUAAGUCCUAUACCUGCCGUCCUGGGCGAACCAGACUGGACCCCGGCCUACACACCUUCCUACAGUCCGGAACAGCUAGCCGGCAGCCUAGCGGAAACGAUGAAGUUGGAGUCCUAUCAGCUGUACCAGACGUCACCGCCGAAUCAUCAGCAGCAAACCGGGCCGCCUCCGUCUUACUUCGAAGCCCAGUACCAGAGGAGCAACUCCCUUCGCACUGGACCCUCGUCCUACGGCUUGCCGCCGACGCCGCAGUCAGCCAGCCAACAGAGAUGUCCUCUGCAUCGUUUGCAGUCCUGCGCUUGCCAAAUGGUCGGUGAUCGACUUCCGGACUUCCUCGUAUUUUCUCCCACGACGGAUGACGGUUCGACCACGAACUGUUUUCCUAUGUCGCAGAAUCUGAGUCCUGUCUCGAGGAUGUCGCCUUCGUACCCGCAGAACGAGCCGAGUCCUUCGCCACUGAGCAGCGCCCAGCAGCAGUCUCUGCAGUAUCUUAUCCAGAGCCAGCAGCGCCAGCAGCAGCAGCAGCAGCAGCAACAGCAGCAACAGCAGCAGCAACAGCAGGCUCAGACGGGACCUGGAGGACCCAGUCCACCUCAUACACCCACCCCUUGUACACCCACCCCUAGCACAAUGAUGGGUCAGCUGAUGGGUGCAUUGAACAACGCCACGCUUCUCGAUGAUCUCAAUAUCAACAUCGAGACGUUGCAUGGUGGUUUCGAUUGCAACGUGGAUGAGGUCAUCAAGCAUGAACUGUCCAUGGACGGCACGCUGGAUUUCAAUUUCCAGCAGGGCGUCAUGGGCGCCGCGGCGGUUCAGGUGACCGACGCGAGCGUCGGCCAAGGCGUCGGUUCUGGACAGAAUAUUCCUGUAGGCUCCGUAGCCGGUAACACGUCUGCGGGUGUCUACGUCAGCGGCAAUGCUGCAGCCCCUGCUGCACCACCCUCUUGGGUUCACUAGCGAUGUAUGUCCUACCCUCGGUACCCUCACUUUCCUCAUCAACCCCAUGGUCGCAUGGACGGGAUGCUACCUAGGACGUGGACAAGGUCCAGCAUACCGAGCCAGCCCCCGUCGCACCGGCAACAGCAGGCGCACCAACCACUGGGCACUUGUUGCUUCUCCUGGCAAACCCCAUGUCCGAAAGACCAGGGAAAAGCGGGAGGAUCGGUCUGUGAUAAAGUACAGGAAUCCACUGGGUCACCCGGUAUACGUAGAAGAAGGAAUUCAUUGUAUCCACGUGGGAGUUCUUGACGUUUCGUAAAUCUUCUCACGAGUUAUCUUCAUUUUACGUCAUCGUCACCGCCUUCUUCUUCCUUCUCCUCCUCUUCUUCGUCGAGACCUCGUGGACCAGAAGGUCUCGAGAAAGUCUUGCGGGUUUCCUUGGAGUGAGCUGCUCAAAUUAAACGGGUCGUCCAACACCUGUAAGACAUUUGAGACUGAUCAAUCAUCCCGCAGACGAUCACCACGAGGUGAUUGAGGGUCACAGUGGGUACACGAGAAAUCGGCUGAUCGUGGCUAAAGUGCCGGCUCCGUCGUAAUAGCGUCGUCGCGCGAACCAACAGUGAGAAAGACAAACGUAGGACAAAGUGAAAAGGUGUUUAAUGUAUAAGAGUUAUACGAGAAGGCAGAAAUUAUGAAGAAAAAAAAAAACAAAAAAAAACAAGAAAAUAUACACAGAGCAUAAUAGGGCCGGAAACGGCUUCGUACGCGAGGAUGAUCUCUCUCGCUUCGGGAGCCGCAGCCACUAUCGGCUCCAGCUUCUUCCCUCCGUGCCAUUAAUUUCCGUCUCGCGAGAGUCCGUAGAAGGAAAAAAGGAAAACAAAAAGAAACGAAAACUUGAAUGAAUGUGUGAGCGAGCGAGAGAGAGAGAGAGAGAGAGAGAGAGAGAGAGAGAGGGGAAAUUAAAAGAUACCCAACAACAACAACAACAACAACAACAACAACGUAAGUCAAUAAUCUGCCAUUAUUUUCGCGCGCCUCGCGAAAAACCAGAGUGACAAAGUUCACGAUUUCUUAAUUUUAGACGUACGGGUACGAUUCAAGUCAAUUUUUAAAGUAAGACACUUUAGAUCCAAUAGUAAUCGUGUAGAUAGGUAGACGCAAUGAAUGAGCAAUGCAAACGCCCUUGAGAAAGAACGGCGGUACGGGAGAUUGACUGGACGAGGGCUGGAAAUUACUGGAGUGACUGUGAGAUUAUCUUUUUCCUUUUGCAAAGGGAUUGCGAGGGUUUGUCCAUCGACGAAGGAUAUGACAGGCGGACGGAUGGCCGAUUCUUUCGCUCUGGAUACAACGAUCUCUGUUGUUUGAAACUAAACCUCAUAUAAGGAGCUGUAUAGCAAGCGUUAUAUAUAUAUAUAUAUACACAUACGUCAUAAAUGCAUAAACACCAGAGGAAUUAUUAAAUAUUAUAUAUUAUAUGAGACACGGAAAAAACGCUAUACAUAUAUAAAUAUACAUAAUAGUAUAUAUAUAUAUAUAUAUAUAAAUACAAAAUAAAUAUACAUAUAAAUAUGAGAAGAAAUAUUGAAUAUAUUCUAUAGAAUAAAUAUUAUAAUGUGCGCUAGUGUCAUAGAGAUACGAUUAUUAUAAUAUAUAUAUAUAUAUAAAUAUUAUCUAGGUAUACUGUAAGAUUAGGUCAAAGUUAAAGGUACCGUUUACACGUAAGCAUACGGGCAGGACAGAGGGACGAUACUGUUUAAAUAUUUCUGCCGUGUUCGACUAAUAACCAAGAUGUUUGCCUGACACGUUUGUCAAUCCGUUUACGGAUGUUCGAUUGUUUCGGAUAAAAUGGAGAUUCGAUUGGCACUCGAAGGAAGGAACGCUGAAGAACGUUCACGGUUUUUGCCAGCGUGUCGCGGCAUUCGCGCGUAAGACGAAAGACUUACGAAUCCUUUGAUACAAGAUUGGAAGGAAAUUAAGGACGAUUUAGAUAAGAUAAUUAAGAAUGUGGAAUCCUGCGAAGGAUGAUGGUGCUUUAGGGUGAAUUUUUAGGCAACGAAUUCUCGCGAGACGAUCGCGUCGCGUAGAUUUAUUUAAUCAGCGUCGUCGCGAGGAUGUCGAGCCGGGACCGUCCUAAUAUAAGGUGGGACUCAAUAUAUAUAUAUAUAUAUAUAUAUAUUUAUGUGUAUAUGGAUAUAUAUAUAUAUAUGUCGCGGGACUUAACGCGAGAAAUGCUCAUUAUAGGUCGAUACGCCAUCGUUUACAUUGCGCGUUGGUCCCCGUUGGGUCCGACGACUAUUCCGCGACUCGAGGGACGUCCGUCGCGACGUUUAAUACAGUAAAGUGAAAUGAAGUCAAUUUUCUCGACAAAUACGAUUAAUCGAUAGUAAGCGGAGAUACGUACGUUAACACGAGGAAAUAUCAUUAAUGAGCACAUCCGCUCCUCCUUCCCCCUCCUUUCACGAAAAUUGGCAAAUUUCGGGACUCUUCUUUUUUUAUCCAAUGAAAUUUCAAAAACGAUUACAAGAUUUACGUUACACAGUGAAAGCGGAGUAUCGAUUCGAAUAGAGAGUGUUGCGAAAACAAAAAAGGAUUUUUCAAGAGAUAAAAAAUCUCAGAUAAAAAUCUGAAAGAAAUCCUACACGUACGAUUAGCACGACAUCCGUCCAACAAUUUCGCGCUGUCCUCGCGGUCGUCGUUCUCGUUAAUUUAGUAACGGGACCUACGGCCCUCUGUUCCCGCUUCGAUAAAGGGCUAAGCGAAACGCGCGGCCGUCGCUCUCGAAUGUCGAUAUAGAAACGCGACACGCCCGCGAGAGAGACACGACGAUAUUUUUACGUACGGCCAAAAAGUCCGAUCGCCUUCGACGAGAGCUCAGCGAGGUGCACGGGAUUCUCUGCGUGAAUUUGCAAAAUUGAGUGCAGUCGACUUGCAAGUCGAUGAUGAAUCGAAAAGACUUUAAGUGAUGACGGAAUGGAGUCGGAGGUGGUUUUUAGUGAAAAUACUAGCUAAAUACUUUACAGAUAUAUAUAUAUGUAUAUACUUACAUACAAUACGUACGAACGGAUGAUUAUUCGCGUUCAUACGUAUAAGGAUUAGGGAUAUAUAUAUGUAUACAUAUAUAUGUAUGUGUAAAUAUAGAAAGGUAUCUAUAAUUAUAUAUAUAUAUAAAUAUACAUAACUAUAAAUAUGAACAUAGAAGCGAAAGACGAUUUUCGACGAUAUAAUCGCGACACUCGCCGUUUAUAAAAUUGUAAUUGUAAUGCCGCAGCGGGCGAGCGUCGCGAUUAAUUCGUGCGCGCGAUACUAAACUGGCUAAUGUUAAUUCUACAAGUGCGUAAGAUUGUACGUAAUUUGAAAAUGCCGCACGGAGAUGUUAAUAUAUUAUAUAGAGCGGUGAGUGAUUUGGCCGCAGUGAAGAAAAAAAAAGAAAAAAAGAAGAAGAAGAAGAAGAACAGGGUCCACGAUUCGAUUCGUGGGCAUGAAGGGGAGUGGAGGGAGUGUUACCGGAAACGAAAGCUCCUACUAAAUUUAAGUUACAAGUACAUUUUUACAAUGUUUCCUUCAUUUUGAGUUAUCAUUACAUAACUGUUGUUAUUAUUUUCCCCCUUGCCUCACAUCAUUAUCCACUUUGGGUUCGUUUGAAUUCGCGCCAAAAGAAAAUGCUCCUCCGAUUCGAUUCCCUUCGUUCUCUUUUCUUAUGCCAUCCACUAUUUUUCUUUUUUCCUAUUUUCGAAGAAAAAAAAAAAAGUCUUGCUACUAGACAACCUCUACGACGCUUUCGUUUCUUAUUUUCUCACUUCGAUUCUAUGGCGCAUGCGCGCGAAUCCGUGACGCGAGUCCUUUCCGGACUUCCAAGGAAUUCGCAAUGACGUUUCCUUCGCCAGCCUUCCUCGAGAAAAAAAAAAAAACAAAAAUACAGAAACGUCAUCGCGAAUCCCUGCAUUCACGCGCGAACGCAUAGGAAUGAAUUAGGCGCCGCAUGUUUCUUUUUUUCUUUUUCUAUUUUAGAGUGGUUUGGGUAAAUUGUACUAUAGGCUGUUUUUUUUUUCUGCGACAACAAAAGAAUCGCUGUUUUCUCUUAAUGGAAAUUUGCAUUACUCUGUACUUUUACACGAUACCUAAGCGGUAAGUUGUUAACCCCCCGAGGACAUAAUUUUUAAUUUUUAGCUGUAUAGUGUAUUAUUUGUUUUUCCUUUCUUCCCCUAUUCCCGCCCCGAAAACCAAACCCGCCAAUUUCCUCCCCGCCAAAAAUAUACACGGUACACGCCAAACACGCUGUUCCACGAUUACCACAAUUACCACAAGCGCGCGCGCGCGCGCCGAUUGACCAGUCAAAAUACACAGAUGUUUGGCCAUGUAAGAAGUAGAUACUACUAUUGCUACCGCUUGAAACUUGAGUUAUAUAUUUAACUUGAAUACCAUUUAAUAUAUGAUUCAAGCUUAUAAUAAACGGGUUGUAUAGAAA